AUGCAUGUACAUUACCUACCACAUUUAUCUCUAUCGUAUGCCCGCCAUACAAUAUCCUUAAAUACGACAUUCUUGCUCCUAUCAUCAGAUUAUUCAAAAUCACUUCAUUUACAAUCAGAUCGGUCCCUGGAAUUCCAUACGCCUUCCGGAUGCCAUUACACUACCCGUCUGCCUCGAUACGGCAGGGAUUUGGUGUACGAUAGACAAUCCGCAGAAGCGCUCACGCCCGCUGUUGGAGUCAAUGAGAAUGGCAUGGGAGAAGUGUUUCGGUUAAACCUGGAGCAGGGUAGGUAUAUGCGCAGCUAUGAAGUUGAGGUUGGAGGUGAUGAUUUCACCUCUCUUGGUGGAGGAGCCCUUCAAGGUGGCAUACACACGGGAAGCGUUAACACCGGAGCAGUAGCUGAGGAAAGUCACAAUCUGCUUGCUUUCGGAACGUCAAUUGGAACUGUGGAGCUCUGGGAUCCUCGCGCAAAAGCCAGAGCGGCUAUUCUUCCAUCUUAUACAAACGAAAAAUCAGAAAUCACCGCUCUAGAGUUCAACAGAUCGGGGCUUACUCUUGCCACAGGAUCGUCUAAAGGCCUGAUUCAUUUAUACGAUCUUCGAUCCCCAAUUCCCAUUCUCGAAAAGGACCAAGGCUACGGCUACCCCAUCCACACAUUAACCUUCCUUACUUCAUCUAUCUCCACUCGCGAGCAGACAAGUGACCCGAAAAUUAUGUCAGCCGAUAAGCGCAUUAUCAAAAUAUGGGAUCAACGGGAUGGUACUCCGUGGACGUCUGUGGAACCAGCUGUUGACAUUAACAGUGUAGCCUGGUGCAAAGAUAGUGGUAUGCUACUAACGGCCAAUGAAGGAAGGCAGCAACACUCAUUCUUCAUUCCACAAUUGGGGCCUGCACCAAAGUGGUGCGCAUUCCUGGACAACCUCGUUGAAGAAAUGGCGGAUGACCCUAACGACCCUCAUGCGUUUGCUACCGGCCAGUCAGGCUCUGUUUAUGAUAAUUACAAGUUCCUCACUGUUCCUCAGUUGCGUACUUUGAACUUGGACCAUCUCAUUGGAACCACUACAUUACUACGUCCGUACAUGCAUGGUUACUUCGUUGCCCAACGAUUGUAUGAAGAGGCACGACUUAUCGCCAACCCGUUCAUAUGGGAAGAAGAAAGGGAGAGGAAAAUCAAAGAGAAGAUUGAUAAAGAGAGAGAGAGCCGUGUUCGUGGAAAGAAGAAGGUUGCAGCCAAGGUUAACCGAAAGCUUGCAGAGAGACUACUUGAGAAGGAAGAGAAAAGAGAACGGCUUCAGGCCCGGAGGGUAUUGGCGCAAGGAGGAGAUGAUAAUGCCAAGAAGGAAGAGAAUGGUACCGGCCCUGCUGAAUCAAGCACUGGCGGCUUACUUGGUGAUUCACGUUUCAGCAAACUGUUCGAUGAUCAAGACUUCGCGAUUGACGAGAACUCGAGAGAAUACCUUCUCACUCACUCGGGCAAUGCUCCUGUGGCUACCCCUAAGCCCGAGAGAGGAUUGACAGCUGUUGAGGAGGAAGCUAUUGAUGAAGUACCAGCUUCAAGCUCAGAUAACUCGUCUUCGGAAGAUGAAGGUCCACGACCGACACGGGAGCCGUCUUCUAAUCAGAUAUCUACUGCUUCUUAUAGGCGAGGCAAACCCAGACAGCCUCAGAUGCAAGUGACCUCAUCGUCUAAGGCCUCACGCACGCACGAUCGUUCAUUUGAGUCCAGAGUUCGUAAGCACCAAACCAAGGAGCGCCCUUCAGUAGCGCGAUCAGGGGGGGAGAAAACUGUCACUUUUGCACCUCAGCCGAAAUCCAAGUCUAGACCAGUGGCCGACAAUAUUGAUCGGACGAGCUACCGGAAGAAAGACCGCAGAAGUGCCUCCGGAAAUACAUUCAGAAACAUGUAA